AACAAAAAUCUCAAGGCUAUGGCCAAUGAGGAGGGAGUGAAGUGAAGCUGUGUCCAAAUUAGCGACUAUCUGUUUGCUGGGUCUCCCCCAGUUCAUGGUUCUUCUCAAUAAUCAUGGCCUCCAAAAUUUCAGUUUCGACAUUCCCAUUUUCCCCAUCACCUACUUGCUCAAGACUUUCACCUUCCACUUCCUCUUCCUCUUCCAUCUUAUACCCCAGAACCCCCAAAUUUCAUCUCUCCUUGUGUAAUUUCCCACUGGGUCUCCGCCUUUUCUCUCCGUGGACUGGUUUAAAGCACUUGGGUAUUUCUACCAGAGGAAGGUCUCCGUUUCCCGAGAGAAGGAAGAGAAUUCCUAAGGGGAAAGCAGUUUUUGCAUCUUUGUUUGGGGUUGGAGCUCCCGAAGCACUGGUUAUUGGGGUUGUGGCUUUGUUAGUUUUUGGUCCCAAGGGACUUGCUGAGGUUGCUCGGACUCUGGGGAAGACCUUACGUGCAUUUCAACCCACUAUAAGAGAACUUCAGGACGUUUCUAGAGAAUUCAAGACCACGCUUGAGCGAGAAAUUGGUCUCGAUGAAAUUGAGAGUUCAGUUAACAGCUCAUACAAUGCAAGCAAAUCUACCUACUCAAACCCACCUUCUGUUUCUAAAGCAGAAGAGCUUUCAGUGGCUGAACCAACAGAUGAUUUUUCAUCGGCAAGCAAAGCUUACAGCUCUGAAGAGUACCUAAAGGUUACAGAAGAGCAGCUGAAAGCUCAAGGUCAGCUCCAAACCGAUUUUGCAGCACAAAGCCAGAGUGGAUCCCAAGUACAGCGUGAAGGAACUGUCGAAGAACUUGCCACGGUUGCUCCUGAACUCCAAAAUCUUGAAACCGGGAAGGUUGAGGAGUCAACUACCUCAGCUCCUGGACCUUCUGGAACUGAGACGUAAAAGUUGAUUGUGGAUGGAUGAGUAUUUGUUGCUUCAUCAACGGAUGGGAUGUGAUACAAAAUGUUGUUUAGGUGGGCAAUUAGAAAAUGUGUUGAGUGUUUAAUUUAUCAGUGUCUUGGAACGGUAAUUAGUUUCUAGGCAUUGGAUAAGAUGAUUUUGUUGGAUUACUACUAAUUAGAAUUCCUUCCUCAUUUCAUAUUAA